AUGGACGUGCACGAGGCGAAGCGCCUAGGCCUGAAGCUAUCCAAAGGAGUCAGCACGAUUAAGGCUGUCAAUUCAGAGGCAAAGCCUGUGCAUGGCAUUGCGGAAAAUGUGAAGGUGCAAGUUGGUGAUUGGCAAGUUAUGCUAGACUUUACUAUUGUGCCUAUGGAUGAUUUUAAAACUGUCUUUGGUCUAGCAUUUUUCUACAAAGCCUAUGCCAUUCCGGUCCCUUCCAUUAGCUCUCUAGUGAUCCUCGAUGCUUCGAAGCUUCGAGUGAUCCCCUUGAAGAGCAUGGCGAGAUCCAAACCUGCUGUGAUUUCUGCCUUGCAAUUCAAGCGGGGUCUCAAGAACGGGGAGUGCUAUGUCACAACCAUGAGGGAGCUCAAUGAUGAGGACGAUAUUGAGCAAUCUGCCCUGCAAUUGCCACAAUCCAUCGAAGCUGUCCUUGACAAAUACAAGGACGUGAUGCCCCCGAAGCUGCCGCAAAAGUUGUCACCAAAGCGAGAUCUAGAUCACCACAUCGAGCUCGAGCCUGGUGCAAAGCCUCCUACCAUCGCACCCUACCGCAUGGCACCUCCGGAGCUAGCUGAGUUGAGGAAGCAGCUCCAAGACCUUUUUGAGUCGGGCUAUAUCCAGCCAUCGAAGGCCCCAUACGGUGCACCAGUCCUUAAGGACGGUUCGCUACGGAUGUGGAUUGACUAUCGGGCUUUAAACAAGAUUACCAUCAAGAACAAGUAUCUAAUCCCUUUGAUUGCCGACUUGUUUCGAUCAAUUGGGGAAGGCUCGAUAUUUCUCAAAGCUGGAUUUGCGCACGAGAAAUGCUCAUUCGCAAGAGAAGAAGUGGAGUUCCUUGGCCAUCGAAUCAAGGAUGGCAGGUUAAUGAUGGAUCCAGCAAAAGUUAAAGCCAUCCAAGAAUGGCAACCUCCUUCCAAGGUGCCCGAAUUGCGAUCUUUUCUUGGGCUGGUGAACUAUUAUCGGCGGUUCAUCAAAGGCUAUUCAGCUAUCACUGCCCCAUUGAUGGAACUACUCAAGAAGAAUAAGGCAUGGAAUUGGGUGAGGAAUGCCAAGCUGCAUUCGAAGCCUUGA